GCCAAUAAUAGAGAGGAAGGAAGUUGACGUUAGCGAAUAUAGGGGGACGACCGGGGAAGUUCUGUUAACACCAAUUGUAACCAGUCCUCUCUUGAUUGUGAGAAGAGCAGGAGGCCAAGAUGUCGGAGCGAAAAGUUUUAAACAAAUACUACCCUCCCGACUUUGACCCGUCAAAAAUCCCAAAGCUCAAGCUCCCCAAAGACCGGCAGUACGUGGUACGCUUGAUGGCCCCCUUCAACAUGAGGUGUAAGACGUGCGGAGAGUACAUCUACAAGGGCAAGAAGUUCAAUGCACGCAAAGAGACCGUGCAGAACGAGGCCUACCUGGGGCUGCCCAUCUUCCGCUUCUACAUCAAGUGCACACGCUGCCUGGCAGAAAUUACCUUCAAGACAGACCCUGAAAACACAGACUACACCAUGGAGCAUGGAGCCACGCGGAACUUCCAGGCCGAGAAGCUCCUGGAGGAGGAGGAGAAGAGGGUGCAGAAGGAGCGGGAGGACGAGGAGCUCAACAACCCCAUGAAGGUGCUGGAGAACCGAACCAAGGACUCCAAGCUGGAGAUGGAGGUUCUGGAGAACCUGCAGGAGCUCAAGGACCUGAACCAGCGGCAGGCGCACGUGGACUUUGAGGCUAUGCUGCGCCAGCAUCGCCUGUCCGAGGAGGAGCGGCAGAAGCAGGCGCAGGACGAGGACGAGAGGGAGACGGCGGCCUUGGUGGAGGAAGCCAGGAAACGGAGACUGCUGGAGGACUCUGACUCAGAGGAGGACGCUGCCCCCGCCCUGCCCCAACCGGCCCCCCGGCCCGGCCCCACUGCCAUCCUGGACGAGGCCCCAAAAGCCAAGAGAAAGGUGGAAAGCUGGGAGCGGAGUGUUGGCACCCUUGGUGGCAGGCCCGUGCUGUCAGGCCUGGUCGUGGUGAAGAAAACAGAGCCCGGUAGCAGCGGCCAGCAGGGCCAGGAGGCACCCACCCCCGGUAGCCCUGCAGGGGCUGGGCUGCGCCUCCCUCACCAGAUUGACGUACCUGAUGAUGGGGCUGUCUCCUCCAUCAGACCAGGGGUCCUUGAAGGCAGGCUUAUGCUGCCUCUGUCAGCCAGGGACUCCUGAAGAUCAGCCUGUUUCCUCCAUGAGACUGGAGGCCCUUCAAGUCAGAGCCAUGUCUCCCCGCCAGACUAGGUGCUUCAGAGGGCUGGGUCAUGCCUCCCCUGUCAGGUCGGGGAGCUAGUAUCUCCCCCAUCCGACCCAGGGCUUCUGAGGGCAAGACCAUGUCUCUUCCAUCAGACUGUUCAGAAAGUGCAGGGCUGUGUCUGGGAGCUUCUGAGGGCAGAGAUUCUCCUGUCAGACUAGGCGUCCCUAAGGCAAGGCCAUGUCACCUCCAUUGGAGUAGGAGUUUCUAGGCCCCCCACAGGCCAUCCGCACCUGGGCCCCUCCUGUCCCUGUGCCAAGGCUCCCAUCCCCCCUCCUGACUGGCUGCCCCAUGAGACAAGGGUGAAGGGGAGAGAGGCAGGCACAGCCCCGAGCCAGGGACCCCCUCUGGCCCCUUCCUGAGCUCCCAUCCACCCGGAGCACCUACCUAUCACGCAUUAGAAUAUGACUCCCCGUAGAAAGGAGUGAAGUGCUGACACUCGCUGCAAGUUGGGUGGACUCGGAGACUCCAGUGCAGAAGGCCACACACAGUGUGAGGUCCCAUUUAUAUAAAAUAUCCAGGACGGGCACAUCCACAGAGACAGACAGAUUAGAGGUUGCCAGGGGCUGGGGAUUUGGGGAGAAUAGAGAGUACCUGCCAAUUGGGUAUGGGGUUUCUUUUUGGGGUGAUGAAAAAUAUUCUGGAAUUCGUGAUGGGUACACAAUCUUGUGAACAUACUAAAACCCACCGAAAUGUGGGUAAAUUGUUAGGUAUGUGAAUUGUACCUCACAAAAUAAAAGGCAGCCCCAACAGUACGUGGCAGUAAGCGUUCAACAGGUUAUGUAUUCCCCUGCCCCCGGUUUUACAGGUGGGCAAAGAGUCCAGACGAUUACCCAAGGUCAAGCAGGCUGGGAUUCCAGAAACAUCCUCAGCCCGAGAGGCCUUUGAUAAACUGCCUCUCAGACCCAGAGUGCUGGGAGAAGGGAGGUCCCUCAGCCCAGGAUCCCCAGACCACCCCACCUGCUCGCCUUUGUCCACGCAGUGCCCCCUCCCGGCCUGGCUCCCUGGCCCCCCGCCUCCCAAUCUCAGAAAACCAAAACCGAGGAGGAUCUAUGGCCAUUCCAGGUCCUGCCCAGCUCUCCUCAACCCCCAAGCCCCCUCCCUGCCCCUCUCCUUGGGGUGGGGUGCGGGCAGCCCCAGGAGAAGCCAGCUCAAAAGCGCAGGGAAGUCAAACGCUGUUUGAUUCUGCCUCCGGGGCCUCUAAUUGCUAUUCCUCACACACGCUGUAAUGAGAAGGCCCCUUUCAAAUAUUUAUACCGCAGACGUCUCCUAUUUAUUCGACAGGGAGAGGACUCGGAUUCGAUGAGAUCUGUCAACAGCUCUUCUCCGAGCUGGGAAUUGCCUUGCGGCAGACAGAAAACAGGACAAUUACCCGCCUGCUCCCAGCA